GCCACCGCAGCCGCCCGAGAGGAGCUGGGGGAGGACGGUGGCCCGCGAGGCUCGUCGCAGACAACGCGGCGGCGAUGUCCGCGAGCCAGGCGAGUGCCGCGGCGGCAGCGGCGGGGCCUCGCACGCGGCAGGGCGGCCUGGGCUUCGGCCUCCCUCCGGUUCCCAGGAAGCGAGCUGGCGGCCAGCGCGGGACCAGCAGCAGCAGCAGAGGCGGAGGCACCGGCGGGUCUCUCUCCUCCCCUUCAGCCUGAGCCGGGGGAGGCCAGGCGGCCCGGGUGGCUGGAGGGGGGGUCCGCUGCCCAAGAAUGGGAAUUCUCUUCACCAGGAUAUGGAGACUGUUCAAUCACCAGGAGCACAAAGUUAUCAUUGUUGGGCUGGAUAAUGCAGGGAAAACUACCAUUCUUUACCAGUUUUCUAUGAAUGAAGUUGUACAUACAUCACCUACAAUUGGAAGUAAUGUAGAAGAGAUAGUGAUUAAUAAUACACGUUUCUUAAUGUGGGAUAUUGGUGGUCAAGAAUCUCUUCGUUCUUCCUGGAACACUUACUAUACUAACACAGAGUUUGUAAUUGUUGUUGUGGACAGUACAGACAGAGAAAGAAUUUCUGUAACUAGAGAAGAACUCUAUAAAAUGUUAGCCCAUGAGGACCUAAGAAAAGCUGGAUUGCUGAUUUUUGCUAAUAAACAAGAUGUUAAAGAAUGCAUGACUGUAGCAGAAAUCUCCCAGUUUUUGAAAUUAACUUCUAUUAAAGAUCACCAGUGGCAUAUCCAAGCAUGCUGUGCUCUUACUGGCGAGGGAUUAUGCCAAGGACUUGAAUGGAUGAUGUCACGACUUAAGAUUAGAUGAUCUCUACUGACCUCUUCUCAUAGACUUUGUAUAAACGAAGUGCUGGACUUUAUCUGAAAGCUGCAAAAAUUAAUGGUUUAGAUAUAUUUAUAAUAAACUGAUUUAAACUUUUUCUAUAAGAAGAAUAAUUAAGACCACUUAUUUGAGAACAAAGAUGAAGUCUCAUUUUCCAAUCUGCUUUCUCAUUAGUCCCUUCCAAAGCAAGGUCUUUAAAGCUGUGAUUGCCAUUUUUCUCAUAAUGAAUCCUCUCAGGACAUUGUGUAGCCUGUGGUAAGUACAAAGGGAGAAGGAGACAUUUCUAACUUUAAGAGCUUUAUUGUCAGUAUAGGCCUCCCUAGUUGAAUGUUGUUCUCUUCUUGUUCCAUUAAGUCAGAAUACAAAUCAGCACAGAUAUUCAGUUUCCAAUAUUUUAAAAUGUAAGGUUACUUAUGAAAAGUAUUUUGCAUAAGGUUGUGUAUCUAUUGUAUAUAUACCUCAAGUUCAAGUUUAUGGCUUUGAUUUAUGUUCUGAAGAAAAGCAAAUAACACAAAAGGUAAUAUUAUCCUUAGUUAUAACCGUAAUGAGAUGAGUACUGGCAGUGGUGUUAAGUGCCAUUUUGUGCUUUCCCCUGUGUUCUCUGUAUUGUACUAACCAACCCCCAAAAUCAUUGAACUGCUCUGAAAAAAAAAGAAAGAACGAACGAAAAAGAAAAGGAGAAAGCUCGACAUUUUGUACCUAUUUUUUUGUUGUUCAAAUUACAUACAUGAAAACAUGUAAUCUGAGUGGAGUAUCUGCAAAUUUUUGGCUUAGUGUUACGAAUGGACAGAAUUUCACAUUGAGCAAUCCUUGUUCCCUUUGUUGGAUCUAUGCCAUCUGAAUUACUGAGAAAAAUGUUAAUCCAUUAAUCAGUCAAUCAUUAAUUAUUAAAAUUAUCAAGUGAUUUUUUUUCCCGCAUUAAUUGGAAGCUAUUGUGUAAAAUAUGCCUAUCUAGAGAAGUAUCAUCCUAUAAAUAUUACAAAAUAAUUUACCUAGAGUCUUCUUAGGUAUUGAAUUAUACAAGCAUUUAGAGUGAGUUUGAGAUGAAAAGUACUUAUUUUCUAAGCAACAAAGGUUAUUUCUUAAUUUGAAAAUUUCUUAUUUCUGGAGUUGGGAUAGUUUGAGAUUUUUUUGUUUCUACACUUUUUUCUUUUUCACUUCUUACUAACCAACGUGAAUGCAUCGACAGCUAUAAAACACAAUUUUUUUAAUGCUUUUAAGAGUUUGGUUUAAAAAGUCGAUCAACACAUGAUAAAUUAUUUUUACAAAGAAGUAACUUGGCCCCAAAUAUCUUAUGUUUGGUUAGGGUAUUUUGUUUUUCACUGAAAAUGGAAAGAUAUGAAGGUUGAAGGUAUUUUUAUUGUAAUUGUAAACAGACUUAUCCUAAAUGUGUUCACACAUAUUUUUGGGUACUCUCUUUGUAUAUGUUUCAUGCCCUGAAAAUCUGAAGGCUGAUCCAAAGUGGCAUGUUUUAGAAUAUUCAAGAAGAGAAGUAACUACCUUUAAUAUGAGCCUUUUGGAUUUCACGCAGAUUUUGAUGAGGAGUAAUAGUAUAUACUACAAGCAUUGACAAAACUUUGAAAGUUUCUUUCUGUAAAAUAUAAUAUACUCAGUAGCUAAAUCCAAGUCAGGCAUGGGAGAUCAGUGUUUAACAGUGGAUGUUUUGUGUUUUAUAUUUAUAUUAUAAUGUUCAUAAUGCAAGUAUAACAUUUUAAUACUUGUCAACUUGCUUUUACAAAAGUAAAUUCUAAAUUACUAAGCUUUAUUUGUUCAUAUGUUCUCAUACUUUUCAAAUCACUAUUAGGAAUCACUUGUUUUAUAUUAAAAACUCCUUUAAAAACCCAAGUCCAUUUUGCAGAUGUUGCAUUUUCAUCUGAGAUAAAUAUUCUGUAAAGUAGUCCAGCAAAUCUACAUCUUUUACCCUUUUUAUCUUUUAAUUUGAAUUUUCAUGGUUUAGUCUUGUGGGUUACUGCCAUGUGAAUUCAGCAGUAUACCAGCACAUUCCCUUGUCGACAAGCUGUUGGCUAAAAUUUAUUCUUAAUUGGAUGUUUAAAGCAUGCACUGCAUUGUUACAGUUGGUUUAGUGUAGUAGGUUAUUGACAUGGCAUCAUGGGAAUGCAUGAAGUCUUAUACCACAUUUAUGAAACAUGAUUUUUUGUGACAUUCUACCCUUCUAGGCCAAGCAUUAGAAAUAAGGUUGUACCUGUAUGCUUGUACAUAAAACCAAAAUUACAAUGAGGAAAAAAUUUUAAUUCAUGUAUAAAUAUACAUCAAGAUAAUUUUAACAGUAUUCUUUCCAAAUAUGAUGACGAGCCUUAUGAAUAGUUAUAUUGGCAAUUUAUAUGUAGUUUAAGUAGAAUUAAGUGAAGGGCAAUGCUUUUGGUUUUUAAUAUGCUACUUUUGGGGGUAAACAAUCAUCUUAUUUAGAGUCAUUGUGCUUACCUCUGAAAAGAACAAAGCCUCAUACCCCUGUACAUGUGGCUGGAUUAAAUAUCCCGUGUUUGAUAUUAAUUUUGAAAGUCAUACAGUUAUUCUUGAUAUCUUGAUAAAAGUAACCAUAUGCUAUAAGCAUUUAAAUGUGUUUAAUUUUGUGAUAAUAGCAUUUAUAAAGUAUAUCUUACACAUUAUAUUGAGGAGUCCCUUUUGAAAAUUUUCAGUUCUUUCUAACUUCUUUGGCUCUCAUGAUGGGCAAAGAAUAUAGUGAAGGCAGGUGGUUUGGGGGACAGGGGGAAGUGGGUAUGGAAUAUGACAUUUUGCCUUAAGAAUAAAGUGCUUUAGCACUGCUGGCUGGCAUUUUUAAUGCAGAUAGUUAAAGUGAUUUUAGAAGUGUGGCAUGAGAUGGAAGAGUGUUGUUUCUGGCCUUUACGAAGUGCCUAGUAGGUAGUUAACAGAAAAUACAGGGAGCUUGAGGAAAGGCAGGAAGUCCCUGAGAUGUUCUUUUCUUUAUUGUCUGAGUGUAUAGAAUUAAGAUGCCUGGAAAUGGGAUUUUAUUGUCCUCUCUCAUAGGCACUUUACAUUUCUUGCUGUGACUACAGCAACCACAUACAGUACAGACAACCUCAAAAUCUGUUUAUAUUAAUGUAAAUAGAAAACCUAUAGACAGCUUUCUAGUUUUCUCUGCAGGCAUUUUUGGGAAUAUAUCUGUAAUGUGUUCUACUUUGUAUAUAGAGGAUAGCAGCACAUCCCAGAUUAUCCUGUGGACUUUGGGGUCAUCUUCUCUCAAUUGCCCAGUUGUAUCUUGGCAUCAGUCCCUCUUUCAAGGCUGGGUAGAGGCAAGGUUUCUUUGCAUGACUUAGUAACCCCUCCCAGAUGUCCAAAUGUACUCUAAAACUUCCUGCUUCAGGAUCAGCUUUCUCAUAGCUCAGCCAUCCCUUGCUCUCCUGUAUCUUCAUUCACAAUCAGUGAAGGUAUGUUACUCAGUCUUGGAGGUAUUCUAAACUUUGCCUUACAGCCAUUGUUCCCCAAACUACCAGUUUCUAAGUAGGUUCUCUAGUUCUUGGCUGUGUCCCCACUACUGGGUUUAUGUAUUGAUUUGUACUUUGCUCAUUAAGAGUGUAUUGUCAGGGUUGUGGGGUAUAUCAGAAGAUUGGCUUGCUGUGUAUACAGCAAAUAAAAGCCAGUAGUAAAAUCCUUCAUACUGUAUUUAACAUUUUAAUGUUUCUUAAUUUUAGCUUCAUAUGCUGAAAAGCAGAUUCAGAAAGAUAACAGAACUACCUAGACUUUGCCAGCUCCUUAAGCUGCUAGUUACGCAUGGAAGGGAUUACAUUAUGUGCAUGUUGUCUUCCCAUUACCAAAAAUCGAUUACAUUUUGGAGGAUACCCAUAAAACUAUUUGAGUUAGAAAAAGAUGCCAAACCAUGUGUAUAUGCAGUAUUUACCCUGAAGAUAUCCUUAAAACCAUAGCUCACAUUCUGUUUUUUUCCUCAUGUUUACUUAAAGAACACAGAUAAACAUUAGAUGUCUAAAAGAAUUAGUAAUGAGAAGCCUAUCUUUACAAAAUAAACCUGUUGAAAUGGACUUUAGAAGACAUCAAAAUCAUCAACCAUAAUAUGUUGAUUCUGUAUAGAUAUAGACACAGUAUAGAAAAUACUAAUUUAAAGUUCUACCUAUAUAAAAGUAGAACUUGUAUAUCAUGCUUCCUCAAAGAAUAUAGGAGUUUUAAGACCAUAUCGGUGAAGUAAAGGAAGGAGAGUUUUAAAACUUUUGAUGCUAAAAAAUGGCUGUUUCUAUUAAAUCCUAAAAUGGUGUGUGGAAUUGUGAAGAAAUUAUAACAGGAUACAGUUGGGUUGCUUAUGCAAUUUUUUAAAUCAGUUGUCUAAUUGUUGUUGUAUUGUUCUAAAAAUUAAAGUUUAUGGUCUUGCCUAUUAGAUAUCCUGUUUUUUGAAAGAAGAUGCCCAUAGUCUGUACCCAAGAAGUGCCUAAAAUUGAUUUGUGUGGGUUUUUAAGUCUGUCUAAUAAAUUAUAUGUGUUUUCUAUGGUAUUAUAUGUUUGGAGUACUGAUGGCACAGCCCUGAGGAUUUCUAAGUAACAAUUCGUGCUUUAUUUGAGGGGAAAAAAACAAAACAAAAAACUAGAUAACAAACCAUAGUUUAGGAAACAUGAGCAAAACCAUUUUUUCUCAUUCCUAAUAAAAACACGCCAUUGCCUUUUAGUUACUGCAGAGGCUAGAAAACUGAACUGUUUCUUUUUUUUUUUUUAAAUAGUUUUCACACAGAAGAUUGUAUUGUGUAUUUUAAAACCUGAGUAAAAGUUUAUUGCUUGUAUAAGAGUAUCCUCUUAAUUCUCCUCAUACUUAGUGGUUAGUAAUUUUGAUUUUAUCAUUUAGAUCUUGAUCCAUUUUGUUGCUCAAGACAGAUCCUUCCUCUUUGUUUAGAUUCUACUUACAAACUAAAAUAUUUGAUAGACUAUUAUGUUUUCAUAUUUCCUUCCUACCUCCCUCCUUUCCCUCCCUUUCUCUCUCCUUUCCUUCCUUUUUUUUUUGACCAUAGAGUGGGACUGUAAAUUCUGGGGGCAGAGACUUGACGGUAUUUUCAGUGAUUUACAACCACAUUGUGUUUAUAUUUUAAGUCAUCUUGCAUGGAAAAGUGAAAUGUGUACAUGACUUUAAAUAAUUGUAUACUACUCUCUUCUCCAAAACUUCUUACAUUGGUGAUAUACAGAAUUCCUCUAAUUAUUUUUGCUUAAACUAGCCAUUUAGAUUGGAGUAGACUUUUCUUAUAUUGUCCCUCUGUGGUUUUUUGAGAGGAGGUAAUACCUGCAGAGCACUUUUAAAGAUAUUUUCUGGGUUAAUGUUCAAGGUAACACAUUGAGGAGGAAGCUAUAAUUACAUCUAAGAAGGGCUCUUUUGGUUGCUAGAGAUGAGAAAAACAUAUACUAAUUUUAAUUGGUGCUUAAAAUACAUUUUACUAACAGUAUUGAUUUUAAAGAUGACACAUUUCUUAUAGAUAGUCUUCUUUGUUUAUUGUAUUUUCCUAGAGAAGCCUAGAUGAAGAUAUGUUGUAAGUAGUCUAUCUACCCCUCCCAAAUUGAGCUCUGUGUUUAUUGACAUACUUGAAGCCACAUUUAAUAUAACAAAGAAAUUAGGAAACCUUUUGAAAGUUUUUAGGUUUGUUGUAUUGGAAUUUCUAAUAUGAUAAAAGGUUUUAACUCAAGCUUUGCAUGCAUGAAGAGGCAAAAAAAUCUGUCUUAUCUCUUUAUCUUUUUUUGAACUUGCAUUUCUCUGAAUCCUAAGAAAAUUUUGCACUCAAGGAAUAUUCCAAAAAGUAAGGAUCUUUGAGCCUGUGGGUGCUUUGUAGUUCAUCACUGCUGAUGUGUGUUAGAAAACUAGGGAAAUCAUGCUUCAGGGCCUUCUUGACAAGAAAACUUCAUGGUGGCUGGAGGAUAUUUAUGUUUUUGCAGAGGUUGGGAGGGAGUGGCAGAUUGGAGUAGAGACCCCUCAAUUGGUAAAUCAGUCUGAUCAGCUGCUUCGCCGAUGUGUUACUUCAGUAUACUUACAACAGUGUUCUUAUGUCCAUAACUCACUAAACUGUCAAGCUCCAGAAAUGUAAGGCAUUGGUCAGGUGACCAGUGGUAGGGCCUUGUUUAUUAAGAAAUAAAGGAAUCGUGUUAAGGUAUGUUUGGGGGGAAAUGACAAAUAAGGUUUUACUUGUGAAUUUCCAUGUUUAAUAUGUAUAUUAACUUUUUUUUUAAGUUGCAUGUUAACCUGGGAUAAAGUGUUGCCUCUGCUUUAUGCUUUGAGUAAAAAGGAAAAAAAAAAAAAGAUGGGUUAAAUUGUUACUCUAUUAUGUACUAUUACAUAUACCUUUUCUUUUAGAAGGGGUUAAUUAUAAUUAUUAUUCACACA